UAUUGGCCACACUGUCAAUACAUACUAAUGUGAAAAACUGCGUGUUUGUUCGUAUUUCCUCAAGUAAUUUAAUUUAACUACCGAAAUAACAUAACUAAUGGCUAUUGUAAAGACACCAGUGCUCAAAGUAAUAUUGUGUGGCGAAUAUGGUGUUGGAAAAAGCUCGUUGUUUCGGAGGUUUAUUAAUAAUACAUUUGUCCCAAACUCUGAUAGAAGGUCGACAUUGGGACUAGAUCACUUCGAAAAGUUAUACCAAGUCGCAGAUAAAGACGUCAAGUUACAGUUAUGGGAUACUGGAGGCAUGGAAAGAAUUGCAUCUGUUACAUCAAGUUAUUACAAAUUUGCUGAAGCAGCAAUUUUAGUAUUUUCUCUGGACAAUGCAUCAUCAUUUCAUGUUCUUAGUCAGCAUUUACUUGAUAUUGUCACAUAUGCAGAAAAUGCAAAAAUAUUUUUAUGUGGUAAUAAAUCAGAUUUGGAGGGCUCAUCACCUCAAGUGACAGAUGCUGAUAUUGAGACAUUCUGUGAGCAAUGUCACAAUCUCAUCAGUAGUACAUACAAAACAUCAUGUAAGACUGGCAAAGGUGUUGAAGAAAUGUUUGCUGACAUAGCCUUGCAGCUUGUGGAGUCAAAUAGAUCAAGAAUUGAGUUACAGACAUUGGAUCAUAAUAGUUUCAAGAUAUCAAACCCGGAUCAGCCCGAAGAGCCAGCAUGUAAUUGUUGACUUAAAAUUACCUACAAUUUGCAUCAAAGCUUCACUGAUUGCAUGUUUUUGGUUAUUUUUGCUGUUUUCCAGGUUUAGUCGGCAAUGUGCGGUGACAUUAUCAGAAUUCAUAAAACAAUGAUAAUUUUAAAACAAAUAAAAUUUAUGCAAUGGCCUAAAAUAUUUUAUCUGACAUUUAAAUAUUAUCACAAAUUAUUAUUUAAUGCAUCAUCUAUUUCAUAUACCUGUAUUAAGUUAUUCUGAAACUAGUUUUAAGUUUACAACACUGACAAAUAAAGCUUUAAUUUGAUUUGAUAAUUUUAAAAAUGUUUUUAGGAGUAUUUGACUAAAUAAUUUUUUAUGUGAAAUAAUAAAUGUGUGUAUCUUGUAUCAAUGAUACACAUAUUUUAGUGUGUUGUCACUGGAAUGUAAAAGUAAAUUACAAUUAAUUCACUUGUGUGUAUGUGUUACCUUAUAGUAUCUAAUGUUUGCAAUUGCAUUCCAAAUUUUUUUACACAAGCCAAUCGUAAAUUGUUAUAAAAAUUAAAAAAUAAACCAUA